AGAGAAAGAGAGAGAGAGAGACAAAAAUGGAGGUUCUUCUCCGAUCGACAAUUCUCUGCAACUAGAGGAAGCAUCCAAAGGGAUCGCAUUGAUCCCAACUUAUAUAUAUAUAUAUAUACACACAUAUAUACUUACAGCUUCUUCUACAUAUAAUUUUGGAUCAUGCUAUCCCUUCGGAUUCCUCCUUUAGGUAGUUCCUUUAAUUUCAACCCCCUCUACCCUCCACCGCACUCCGCCGUCUCGCCGCCCCUCCAUCUCAAACUUUCCGGCAACCCCACUAAAGCUUUUGCAUCUCAACGACUAAAAUGGCGGACAUGGGGAAAGUGGUUUCUUGCCCUACAGUUGCCUCAUGGAAGAAACAGUUCCUCAAAGCCAAACAACACAACAAACUGCUGGUUGUCAAUUUCACUGCAACAUGGUGCCGCCCGUGUCGUGCCAUGGCUCCACUGCUCGACGAUUUAGCAAAGAAAUCGUGCAAUAACGUGACGUUCUUGAAAGUCGACGUUGAUGAACUCAUGAGUGUGGCCAAUGAGUUAGGAGUGGGCGCCCUUCCAUCGUUUCAAUUCUUCAAGAACGGACAGUUGGUGGACAAGUUCGUGGGCGCAAAGAAAGAUGUAUUGCUCAACACCGUGUCCAAACAUACCGCAUGAAGCUGGUCUUCUUAUCAGAGUUUGCUUUUCAUAAAUAAACAACAAUGCUGCAAAGAAACAUGAAAUGUUGUGCAACAAAUUUACACGUUUAUGUUCUAUGGAGACGGUCAGUGAAUCUUUGUCAUGGCUAUCAACCAACCCUCUCUGAAUUAAUAAAUCUUUUGUUCUUCCAAACCAA